AUGUUAAGAGCUAGCCAAACUCAUUCUAUAUCUUAUCUGGCUAAAAGAUUUUUAUCGAGUACUACUCGAAUAAUUCGUAAGAAUAACUUACCAGCUACUGCAUAUAAGCCAGAAAUUGUAGAAAAAUACAAAUAUGACGAGUGGGAAAGGAAGGGAAUCUUCAAUGCUCAUAGCAAAACAGAUAAACCGACAUUUAGUAUAGUCUUACCACCACCAAACGUUACUGGAAAAUUACAUUUAGGACAUGCUUUAUCAUGUACAAUUCAAGAUAUUAUUGCUAGAAGGAAGAGAUCAAUGGGUCUUAAUGUACUCUGGUUACCUGGUACAGAUCAUGCAGGAAUAGCUACCCAGGGUGUUGUAGAAAAACAUCUUAAGUCCAAAGAUAACAUAAACCGCCAUGACAUUGGCAAAGAGAGAUUUAAUCAAGAAGUAUGGAAAUGGAGAAAGAAACAUGGAAACACCAUAUGCCAACAAUUAAGACUAUUAGGUUGUUCUUUAGACUGGUCUCGUGAAAUUUUUACAAUGGAUGAAAAGUACACACAUGCAGUCAGUACUGCUUUCAUAAAACUAUUUCAAAAAGGGUUAAUAUAUAGAAGAAAAGCUUUAGUUAAUUGGUGCAAUGCUUUAAAAUCAACUGUAUCUGAUAUAGAAGUUGAAAAUAUUACAAUAAAUGGUCCUACAGAAAUAACUGUGCCUAAUUAUGAAAAACCAGUAAAGUUUGGGCUCAUUUAUAAUUUUGCAUAUAAAAUAGCUGAUAGUGAUGAAAAAGUUUUUAUAUCUACGACAAUGCCAGAGACAAUGUUAGGUGACACGGCAUUGGCAGUACAUCCUGAUGAUGAAAGGUAUAAACAUCUUAAAGGUAAAAAAGCAGUUCAUCCAUUUAGAAAUGAGAUGAUACCGAUAAUUUUUGAUAAGUUCGUCGAUGUAAAAUUUGGUACAGGUGUAGUCAAAAUAACACCUGCUCAUAGCAAAAUAGAUUAUGAAAUUUCUAGACAUCACAAUAUACCUUUACUACAGGUAAUAAACGAAGAUGGAUGUAUACAAAAUUCUGAAAAAUUCGACAAUAUGAAGAAAUAUGAGUGCAGAGAGAUAUUACUUAGCGCUUUAGACAACUUAGGUCUUCUAAAAUCAAUUGAGUCCCAUCAAAUGACAUUACCUGUUUGCAGUCGAACUGGAGAUGUAAUAGAAUAUAUUCCGAAAGAACAGUGGUUUUUGUCUUGCACCAAAUUAAAUGAGAAAGCCAAACAAGCUGUUAUAGACAAUAAUUUAAAAAUAGAACCAGAAAAGUUUGUUAAAAAUUGGCUCAAUUGGACAGAGGAUAAUCGAGAUUGGUGUAUUUCUAGACAACUUUGGUGGGGUCACCAAAUACCCGCAUAUAAAUGUAGUUUAGAUAAUCUUAUUGUUUGGGUAGCCGCAAUGGAUGAAGAAACUGCUAAAAUAGAAGCAUCAAAAUAUCUUAGAUGUUUGCCAAUAGAAGUUAAUGCGGAAAGAGAUCCGGACGUCCUUGAUACUUGGUUUUCAUCUGGACUUUAUCCAUUUGCAUCAUUAGGAUGGCCUGAAAAAACUCAAGACUAUAAAAAAUAUUAUCCACUAAAUCUAAUGGUCACAGGUCAUGACAUUUUAGGGUUCUGGGUACAUAGAAUGGUUAUAUUGGGUCUGGAAUUAACAAAUAAACUACCCUUUAAUAAUAUUCUUUUACAUGGAAUAAUUUGUGAUAGUAAAGGUGCUAAAAUGUCUAAAAGUAGAGGCAAUGUAAUCGAUCCAAUUGAUGUUAUUAAUGGUAUUUCUUUGGAUGAUCUAAAAAACAAAGCGGAUGCCAUGAAAAGAGAUGGAGUACUUAAUGCGGAUGAACUAAAUAGAGCUUUAGCUUAUCACAAGUCAAAUUUUUCUAGUACCAAUGGUAUACCAGAAUGUGGGGUCGAUGCAUUACGAUUCACUCUUCUAUCUCAAGAUAUCAAAUCACAUUUCGUUAGUUUCGACGUUUAUCAAUGCAACGCUAAUAAAUUAUUCUGCAAUAAAAUUUGGCAGAGCAUUAAAUACACUCAGUUAUCUUUUGCAAAAUUAAAACAGAUGGAUCAUGAAAUAACAUAUAAAGAUUUAACGUACUUUGAUAAAUGGAUUCUAAGCAGACUGUCUAAUAUGGUGGAUAUUGUUAAUAAAUCUAUGGAUGAAUAUAAUUUUCAUUUAGCAACAAAAUCUUUGAAAACUCUGAUUUAUAAUGAAUUUUGUGAUAUUUAUUUAGAAGCAACUAAAUCGGGUUUCGAUAGUGGGAAUUCUAAAAUAGCAUACGCGCAUUCGCAUACGUUAUCCGCCGUAUUGAAUACUUCGCUUAGAGGCUUAGCACCAUUCAUGAUUUACCUUACAGACGAAGUUAUACCAAAAAUACCUGCAUUUGAAAUUAAUAUCAUCCACAAUUUUAAUGAUAACGAUAGAGAUUAUUACGAUUUUCCUCAAAGUAAUGUUUUUAAAAUAUGGAGGAACGAAAAUUUAGAAAAAGAGGUCGACAAACUCUUAAACACUAUAUAUCUAAUACGUGAAAUAAAAGGUUUUUACAAUAUUCCUAAUAAGAUAAAACCAGCAAUUUAUAUAAAGACCAAUGAUGACACGCUUAUAUCAAACUUACAAAAUAAUGGUAUAAUCGUUAAAAAUUUAUCUAAAUGUGGAGAAAUCAAAAUAAAUAUAAACACAGAAAAGAAAGUAAUAAACGCCAUAUUGGACAAAGAUACAGAAAUAAGCAUUGAAGUGACUAGUGACAUCGAACACACAAUUUUAGCUGCAAAACAAAAAUUGCAGAAGAAAAUUAGAAAAGUGGAAGAAAAUCUUAUUAAAUUAGAAAACAAAUUAUCAAGUAAUCAAUAUAUUAAAAAUAUACAUGAAAGUAUCCAAGAGUUAGAUAAAGAAAAACUAGUGUUAAAAAAAGAAGAGUUGAAUCGUUUGAGAAGACUGAAACUG